AUGCUUCACAAAAGACUCUCUCUCGGCGCCCUUGUCCUGCUCACGGCUCAGCUGGCCGCAUGUCUGGCAAUGGACAUGAUGUACAGCUCCACGCCCUGGUACGACAGUAGCGAGGAAGACGAGGGAAGUUUCGAGCAGAAAGCGGUUAACCACAUCGAAAACUCCAUGGAAGCCAUGAACGCUAAGCUGGACGGGUACAGAGACUUGGUGAGGGAUCUGGCGAGGCAAACAAUGUUGCUGCAUUUUGCUAUGGAAGAAAGGGUCCGCUCAGACGGUGAUUCUGGGGUGAAGAUUAUAAGGGGAGGCAACAAAGGCCCCGAGAACUACUACGAAAAUGGCGCCGUUGGGAACAGUUUCAAUACCAUUCACGACCAUUCCAACUACGACAGAACUGUGGGUAUGGGAGAAGUCGUUGUGGUACUUAAUGGCGUGGAGUUUCGAACCAGGCAUAACGACUAUAAGCUCAAAAUGCCCUCUACCACCUCGACCGAAUUCCACGCAACAGAGGAUAUUCCUUUCCCCGAUGUACCACCUGCAGUGACCAAUUUAGAUUCGGUGGACGAACAAAUCGUGGAGAUGAGAGAAUGGUUCAAGGCGUUCGCCACUCAGAACACCACACACAGAGACUACCGGGAGUUUUUCAAACCCAUCAUGUGUUACAUGGAGGGAGCCUGGACGCUGGACAAAGAGCUGUCAGAACCUUUUGAAAGUGACCGACAUCAGAUUGACGCCAGUUCCUGGUUUGAACUGCAGGAUCUGGUACGCUACGCCUCCUACACCGGCACAAAAAGCAGAUUGGAAAACUUUGCCUACCUGCCCACCACCAUCAUGUCUGUCAAUGAAACUACAGGUAAACAGUUUACUUUUAUUAGUAAAUACGUUGCCAUGGACGACUUGGCUUAUCAGGUUCCCAGAAAGCGCAGCAAAGAAGACACCAGGUUUACGCGGGCCGCCAGGUUCAGGAUUUAUGAGGAGGCCAAGGAGAAGAUGUGUACGAAGAAACGGCUCAAAUUCACCAAGUACUCCAAAAUCGACCGUCUCUUCUACAAGAUCCCGGGAAAAGACAACAUUCCCGCCACUAACCUCAGCCAAGCGUCAUUCGGGGAAGAUAUGUUCUCUCUCGAGUCAAAGGGUAACACGAAGCUCAAGUCUGGCUAUUACCAUCGCUGGUUCCGCUUCGCAAAAGCCGGUGCUAUGGGGCUCAAGAGUGUGUCCCGGGGCUACAACGACGCAAACAUGUGGGUCGCUCAAACCACGCAGAAACGUGUGGCUCCCAUUGGAUUGAAACACUGCACGAAAAAGAGGGUGAUGGUCAACGGUAGAUGGAAACGCAGGAAGGUGUGUGAGAUGAUGUAUGAGCGAUUCAGCUACGCCAUUCCCCUGGAGAUUAUUUACCUCACACCACUGCUCAGCUGGAACCCAUACAACAUCGAGACUGGCAAGGUAUGCACGCACACGACUAAUGAUUGA